CCGAGUACACAAUACUUCAAGACCGCAUUGCGUUUUGGAAUAAAAUCUCAAGUUUGCUGGCAACCUUUAGCGCUUAAAAUGGGCACUAACUGCUAGCGACCGAUCUCUAUUUACUCCCGGUGUAAGUAAUGGGCGCCUCCGAACACAUGAAGAAUUAGCGCACGGUGUCAAACAAAAUACUUACAACGUCCAUGAAUGAAAUAUUUGUUUUUAAAUGAAACAAAGAGACACGAGAAUAUAGUGGUCUCCGAUGAUUAUUCACGCCGAAUAGUAUUUUUUUUCACCAUCGGACUACGUUCACGUUUACAAAAAACUUUGCUUUGGAUCUCAUAAGUUAACCAAGAAAAGCCACACGAGCCCAACCAAACAUUAUACAAAAAGGGCGACCAAACAAAUCGACGCCAGUGGAAAACAGUUGCAAAACGUAUCAGAUACACCAUGAAGCUAUAAUGGGUUCAAGAUCAUUGAAUGGACAUUUUUUAUAAUAACAAAAUAGCAAUUGCCUCUGAAGAACUUGUCAUUAUGUCAUCGAAGGAAGAAAAAGGGGCCUUGCAUGAACGUACAUGUGUGAAUCCUCAGCCACCAGAAUACUGCAAUCCAAAUAAACCCAGCAGCAUGACAAAUCAGUUGCAAUAUUUGCAGAAAGUGGUGAUUAAAGCUUUGUGGAAGCACCAUUUUGCAUGGCCAUUCCAGCAGCCUGUUGAUGCUGUGAAGCUGAAUUUGCCUGAUUAUUAUCAAAUAACAAAGAAGCCAAUGGAUUUGGGUACAAUAAAAAAACGUUUGGAAAACAAAUAUUAUUGUCAAGCUAUGGAGUGUAUAGAGGACUUAAAUACAAUGUUUACCAACUGCUAUGUAUAUAAUCGGCCAGGUGACGAUAUAGUUCUCAUGGCACAAGCACUGGAGAAGCUGUUUCUACAGAAGGUGGCAAAAAUGCCACAAGAGGAAAUAGAGCUUUCAAUGGCUAAUAAAAGAGGAACACGCAGAAAAGGGAAAGGGGCAGCCGUGUCCUCAACUGUGCAAUCAAAAUUAUGUCCACCUGCUUCUGAAGUGCAAAUUCAGAAACCAGUGCUAUCAAUCCAAACAAAAACAACUUCAUUACCAAUUACUUCAGUUCCUCCUCUAAUUUCAGCAAGUCAACCAGUUAUAAAAGUAAAGAAAGGUGUAAAAAGGAAGGCAGAUACUACAACACCGACUACUACUUUCAAUACAAGUAGUGAACCCUUGCCAAGAAAGUCUACAAAAAACUGUUCUCAGAAGUUAACCAGUCAGCCCAUCAAGUUACCAACAAAGGAUCUACCAGAUUCUCAACAUCAAGCUGGAAAGAGUGAAAAAAUAAUGGAACAUUUGCAGGAUUGUAAUAACAUUCUCAAAGAAAUGCUAGAAAAGAGGCAUGCUACAUAUGCUUGGCCUUUCUACGAGCCUGUGGAUGCCAAAGCAUUGGGACUUCAUGAUUACCAUGAUAUUGUUAAACAUCCCAUGGACCUUAGUGCUGUGAAAAGAAAAUUGGGCAACCAAGAAUACAAAGAUAGAGAAGAGUUUGCUGGAGAUGUGCGACUAAUGUUUUCAAACUGUUACAAGUAUAAUUCACCAGACCAUGAAGUUGUGAUCAUGGGCCGAAAACUUCAGGAUGUUUUUGAGAUGCUUUUUGCUAAAAUACGCAAGGAUCCUGUAAAAAGUGCAGUUUUGGCACAAUCUACAACUUGUAUCACUGAAUCAACAAGUGACAAUGGUGGUGAGAGUUCCUCUGCUGAAAGUACCUCCCAAAGUUCAGGAAAAGAGCAGAAGAAGUGCCUUGCUCAGCUUCAGGACCAGUUGAAAGCAGUACACGAGCAGCUUGCGACAUUAACACGGACCCCACUCUCUAAAUUGAAGAAAAACAGAGUCAAAAAAGGAAAAAAGAAAAAAGAUAAAAAGAAAUCAAAGAAUAUUGAACAGAAGAAAGUACAAUCGAAGCAGUUGCGGCAAAAAAUAAUCAAGAAAGGCUCUUUGGAAAGCAGGCAGUUAAAGAAAAAGAAGCAACGAGCUUCUGUUUACGAUUCAGAAGAGGAUAAUGUUAAGCCAAUGACUUAUGAUGAAAAGAGGCAAUUAAGUCUUGACAUAAAUAAGCUUCCUAGUGACAAACUGGGGCGUGUCGUCCACAUAAUACAAUCAAAGGAGCCAUCGUUGAGAGACUCUAAUCCAGUCGAGAUAGAAAUUGACUUUGAAACUUUAAAACCCUCUACGUUAAGAGAGCUGGAAAGAUAUGUUAUGGCAUGUCUAAGAAAGAAACAAAAAAAACUUGAUUCUAAGAAAGCUCCAGGAAGAUCUAAAGAAGAAAUUCAAUCGGAGAAAAAACAAGAGCUGGAGAAAAGAUUACAGGAUGUGAGUGGACAUCUGAAUUCUGGAAAGAAAGAAACAAAAACAUCAGCUCGGAAGAAUAAUGCAGCAGAAGAAAUGGGUGAAAUUUCCCGAUUAAGUGAGACCAGCAGUUCCUCAGACUCUGAAAGUGACAGCAGCACCAGUGACUCUAGUUCUUCACUUAACAGUGAUUCUGAACCAGGUUAGAUGUCAACCUCUGUAUGUAAUGAAUACAGCCAGAUGUUUAAUAUUUCCAAUACCACUGUCUCCCACUAUUGUUGCUCAAAGUGACUCUCAUUGCAACAUUUAUCAUGGAGUCAUUACAGAAAACUGAGAUGGUUAACUACAGUCUUGCUUGACACAAUAUUGGAGGCUGGAAGUAUCUCCAUUGGAAGUGGAAAAAACUAUUGUGCACAUCAAUAUAUUUUGUGAAAUGCAAUGUCUUUCAUUUAGACGUUGAGCAGAAAAGUUCAUCGCAUCUACAUCUAAAACUGAUUUUUUUUUUUCCCCCCGUAUGAUGUAUAAACCAUUUAAGAUGUCAGCCUUCUCACCCAGGAAAGGAAUGUUGAGCAAUGUAGUAUUCCUUGUAAAUGUAGAACACAAAUUUAUAUGUAAGUAACACUGAAAUGUUUGAAAAUGCACAGCAAAACUGAAUCCUUUAAGAUAAUUAAGUUAUAUGUAAAAUCUUUACUUGGCAUACGGAGUUGUAGAAUUAUCAUUUCUCUUCAGAUCCUGGGUGACUGGCUUUGUAUUUUCAGCAUUUCUUACAUUUCUCCCUUCUUGCCAGCCAAACAAUUAACAUUGAGUAAAACUGUAAACUAAAUUCUUAUGACUUGCAAAUGAUUAACUGGAGUUCACCAUUAGCACUUUUGUGAUUUUCUGUGUUCAAUAUAUUUGUAAAUUGUGAUUUUUGUUGCUAGAGUGCCUAGGUAUGGCAUGAAAGAACAGUUAAGCAUGUACGUAGAAGUUGUGACAUGUCAUUUGAAUGUGAUUUCAUACCUCCCUGCCAAUGGUGUAACUUCACCUGAAUUGUGCCACAUUGCAGUUCAACCUUCUUGAAUAGUUGCUGUUUAUAGUUGAUGCAAUGCUAGGGAUAAUAAAUAGUUUGCAAUUAUCUGUCGGAAAAUUGAAGAGCUGAUGUUCAUGUACAGCAGUAAUUCACGGUGAAUGAUUCGGGCAGCGGUGUGCGAUAGAAAUUAUUUAAAUGAUCAUGGUAUGUUUGAAUAUAUGAUUGGUACACUUGCAUCAUCUGUCUAAUUGAACAAAAUGACUACAAAACAGUGCAUUUGUUUUCAUUUUUAGACUGCCAUAAAUAUUAACCAUCUUUUAUAACAGACUGAGUUUCUAGUAGAUGGUAAAUUGUGUUGUUUCCUAAUUCACACCUGAUCUACAAUAUAUGUAGUUUAAUCACCAUCAUAAUAGAAUCGCAAUUGGUCUUUGAUUAUUAUGAUAUUAAUGUAUCAUUGCUAUAAAUUAUUAGAGCAUUUUGCAUGUAUUGUUUUCUCCAGUUUGAACUCUGCUGUUUGAUCUUUAAUUUAUUUCUUUCAGCCUAUGCUAGGGUCACUUGCCUGUAAGUUUUUUGUAUUCGGUAGAUUAUAAGUCUUUAGGACUGAAGUUAAAAUCAGUGAUCUAAACUUUGCUAAAUAAGAAGUUUUCAUUGAAACCUCUAGUUUUCCUGUUUUCUGACUUUAUUUUUGGAGAAUUUGUAGAAUUAAGAAGUUAAUUGGAGAUAGUAAUGGAACCAAUAUAGCCAUUCGGCAAACUUAUCUUGUACAGAUAUGUAUGUAACAGUGGUAAAUUUUGAAAGCUUCAAUUUUUUGAAAAUGUGUCGUAUGAAAGUACAACUUGGUGUACAGGAUUUUGUUUUUUUCAUUCAAUGUUUACACUUUCUAUAUUUUAUGACAUGCAAUAAACGUACUGAAAUCAUU